AUGCAGGGGAGGCACCGAGCCGCCGUCCCGGGACUGCUCUUGCUUCUGCAGGCAGCCGCCCGGGUCGUGGCGGAGCAAGAGGUGGAAAACCUCUCGGGCCUCUCCCCCAACCCCGAGAAGGACAUCUUCGCCGUGAAGGAGAACGGCAAGGCGUGCCUCGUGGCAGAGUUCGCCGCCAAAUUCCUCGUCCCCUACUACGUGAGGGACGCCAACUACGUGGAUGUGAUAACUGAACAAGCUGAUAUCCCACUUUCCCGGGGAGCAGAAAUAAAAGGCAAAUGUGGCACCAAUGAGUCAGAACUGGAGCUCUCUUGGCUGGAAAAAGCCUACACCCUCCGGCUUUCCUUCAUAAAGGAGGGACACAACACUAGCAGAGGGCAGGAGGUUCUGUGGAAAAUGAACAAGGUCCAGUUCGUGUAUGACACCAGUGAGAAAACCUACUUCAAAGAAGCCGUCACUCCUGGGAAGCACACAGCCAACUCGCACCAACUUUCUGCCUUAGUCACCCCAGCAGGGAAGUCCUACGUAUGCCAGGCUCAGCAGACCAUCCACCUAUACUUGAGCGAUCACCAGAAAUCUAUAGACUUCUUGCUGUCAGAGGUCCAAAUUCAGCCUUUUGACAUCACUAAUGAUUUUGCCUUCAGUGAAGCACAUAAAUGUCCAGUGGACCAGAGGGAGCAGUUGGAAGAAACCCUGCCUCUGAUUUUGGGUCUGAUAUUGGGGUUGAUUAUUGUGAUAACUCUUUGUGUGUACCAUAUCCAUCACAAGCUGACAGCCAAUCAAGUACAACUUCCUCGAGACAGAUCUCAGUACAAACACAUGGGAUAG